GCUGCUACUUCAUCUGCAGUUGACCUUUGGGUCGGGGAAUAGAGAGAUUGAAGUGAAUCAUUGAACUUUGCCUCUGAAUAUCUUUGAUUUUACUUUUACUUAGUGUUUGUUGUUUGGUCAAAGAUUUUUCAUUCCCGUUGUUUCUUUCAUGGAUUCCUAGAUUUCUCUAUCUACUCCUGAAUACAAAAGUUUUUUGAAGUGAAGUUCAGUGGUCAAGUAAAGAACUUUUGAGUCUCAGCAUUGAGAAAAGAAGAUGGAAACUGGCAAAAACCUGCCACCAGAAAUGAAAGGUUCAGAUGCUAUGAUCAUACUUCAAAUCUCAAGUACUACUCAAGAAUCCAAGAAUCGCCACCAGGUAAAUUCUUCUUCAAAUCUUGAAUUAGCAGAGCUUGAUAAUAGUAGUCUUAAAUGCAGAGUUCAAACACCUGCAUUUGCUAACUCUCCUUCCACGGAGAUAGCAAUGCUAACUCCUUCUAAAGGGUCUCCAGUUUCAAGAAAACCACCAUUUAGCUCUCAAAUCCCAAAGCCCUAUGAUGCUACUUCACCGGUGGUUAAUUUUAGAUCAGAGCCAGCUACUCCGAGAUCCCCAUUGCUUGCGUCCCCUGUAGCUGAUGACGACGAUGAUGAUGAUGAGGUGUAUAAGACUUUAGGUACCCAAAAGUGCAAAUAUUUGGGCAUGAAGUGGAAAGGGAAGCUAAUAUGUAUCGAGUUAGUUGCAUCUGUGUGCAAUUUUGGAGUUCUGAUUUCCAGCUUGACAGUUGAUAGAUUGCACAAUUUUCAGAUUUGGGAUUUGCCAAUAUGGAAAUGGUGUGUGCUAAUAUUGUCUAUUUUCUGUGGUAGAUUGCUUGCUGAGUGUUUCAUGUGUAUUUUGGUACUCUUGAUUCAAAGGAAAGUGUUGCUUAAAAAGGACAUACUUUAUUAUGCAUAUGGAUUGAAGAAAAGUGUACAGACCUUUAUUUGGUUAAGCUUGGUUCUUCUGGUCUGGGGUUUGUUGAUUCUUCGAGGAGUGAAGCGGUCUAGGCACACUACCAAGAUUCUAAAUUAUGUUACUCGUUUUUUGGCUGCUUGUCUUGUUGGGAUUGCUAUAUGGGUGCUGAAAACUUUCUUUGUUAAGUUACUUGCUGCUUCUUUUUACAUCAGUAAAUUCUUUGACAGAAUUCAACAAUCAAUCUCGCAUCAGUACGUUUUUAAUGCUAUUUUUGCACCACGACUGCUUAGUACUCUUUCAGGACCUCCUCUUUUAGAGAUAGCUGAAAUGGUAGGUAGGACCGGAACAAUGUCUGACCGUUUGAAUUUUACAAUAGAAGAAGCCAUUGAUGUAAAUAAGAUUAAGAAAAUGAAGCACGGCAAGGUUUCUGCCUGGACCAUGCAAGGGUUGAUUAAUGUGAUCACCAAUACAAGGUUGUCUGUUCUCUCCAACACGCUAGACGAGAUAUAUGGUGAGCAGGAGAUUAAUAGUGAAUGGGAGGCCAAAGCCGCUGCAUAUAGGAUUUUCAGAAAUAUAGCACCACCCGGUAGCAAGUACAUUGAUGAAGAAGAUCUCUUGCGCUUCAUGAUAAAGGAGGAGGUAGACCUGCUCUUUUCAGUGAUUGAAGAUGCAGAAACCAGAAGGAUCAAAAGAUCAGCUUUACGAAAUUGGCUGGUAAAUAUUUACAGAGACCGUAAAUCGCUGGUGAAGUCCUUAAAGGGUAGCAUGGCAGCUAUUGAGAACUUGAAUAGGCUUGCUUCCUUAGUAAUGCUUGUAGUGAUCAUAAUUGUGUGGUUACUUGUGAUGGGAUUCUUAACAUUUCAAGUACUUGUUGUCAUAUUAUCUCAAUUUAUACUUGUAAGUUUCAUGUUUGGCAAUACAGCCAAAUCAGUUUUCGAAGCUGUCAUUUUUGUGUUUGUGAUCCACCCAUUUGAUGUUGGCAAUCAGUGCAACAUUGAUGGUGAGCAGAUGAUUGUGGAUGAGAUUAACAUAUUGACUACAGUAUUCGUAAAGCAGGAUGGCAAGAAAGUUUACUAUCCAAAUUCAGUUUUGAUUAGCAAACCCAUCACCAAUUUCUAUGGAAGUCUAGAAAUUCGGGAUGCUGUGGAGUUUGAUGUUUCUACUUCUACAGAGACUGUUCAGGCUCUGAAAGAAAAAGUGAAAGAGUAUUUGGAAAACAAUUAUAAGUACUGGCAUCCUGAGCACACAAUUCAAAUUAAAAGGAUAGAGGACGAGCACAAGAUGAGUAUGGUUCUCUAUGUUGAUCACAAAAUAGACAUUCACAACAGUGGGGAAAAAAACAAGCGGAGAUCUAAGCUAGUUGAAGACCUGAGGAGAAUUUUUGAAGAUCUUGGUAUUAAAUGUCAUCUUCUGCUUUAAGGACUUCACCUAUGUUUGUCAGCAACUUGAACAGUCCCAUCUUCUUCAUCUAUGUUGUUGUUCUUCUGUGGAAGUUUCCUGUUCCUCAUUGCAAUGCAAGUAUGUUCAUUGUUCUUGUUUCA